UUGGGAAGCUCCGGCUCUCUUGUCUCAUUCUCAUUCAACAGACACAUUCCACAAGGGAAGAACAAGACAAAAAAAAAAAAAAAAAAAGACUGCAUCCGGAUCAACGGAAACGAUGUCGGUCCGUGGCGAGAACUCGUUUUUGAGAAUAACCCUCCUGCUGUUCGGGUUCUUUGUGUGUUUCACUUCGUCCGAAGCUGCCAUAAAGAAGUACCAAUUUGACAUUCAAGUGAAGAACGUGAGCAGAUUGUGCCACGCCAAGCCAAUCGUGACAGUGAAUGGCAUGUAUCCAGGCCCGACCAUAUAUGCCAGGGAAGGGGACCGAGUCCUUAUUAAUGUCACUAAUCAUGCACAAUACAACAUGUCAAUUCACUGGCACGGAUUAAAGCAGUAUCGCAACGGCUGGGCCGACGGACCGGCCUACAUAACGCAGUGCCCUAUUCAAACUGGGAACAGCUACACCUACGACUUCAACGUGACGGGACAGAGGGGGACGCUGUGGUGGCACGCGCAUAUUCUAUGGUUGAGGGCCACCGUGCAUGGCGCGAUCGUGAUUAUGCCACCGCAAGGCACGCCGUUCCCGUUCCCACAGCCACACAGCGAGCAAAUCAUUCUGCUCGGAGAAUGGUGGAACGCAGAUGUUGAAGCCAUUGAGAAGCAAGGAAACCAAAUGGGCUUGCCGCCAAACAUGUCGGAUGCUCACACGAUCAACGGAAAACCAGGGCCCCUCUUCCCAUGUUCCGAGAAGCAUACAUUUGCGAUGGAGGUCGAGCCAGGGAAGACCUAUCUCCUGAGGAUCAUCAAUGCUGCCCUCAAUGACGAGCUCUUCUUCGCAAUUGCGGGCCACAACAUGACGGUGGUCGAGGUGGACGCGGUCUACGCGAAGCCGUUCAGCACGGACUCCAUCCUCAUCGCCCCUGGCCAGACCACCAACGUGCUGGUCCAAGCCAACAGAGUGCCGGGCAGGUACUUCAUGGCGGCAAGGUCGUUCAUAGAUGCGCCAGUCCCGGUGGACAACAAGACCGCCACCGCGAUACUGCAAUACAAAGGUAUUCCGAACACGGUCAUGCCCGCCCUCGCCGAAUUGCCCGCCCCGAACGACACCGCCUUCGCCCUGAGCUACAGUCAGAAGCUCAGGAGCCUGAACUCGCCGCAGUUCCCGGCCAACGUCCCUCUGAAUGUCAGCCGCAACCUGUUCUACACGGUCGGGCUAGGCAAGAACCCGUGCGCGACCUGCCUUAACGGGACGCGCUUCCUCGCCUCCCUGAACAACAUCUCCUUCACGAUGCCCCAGGUCGGGCUGCUCCAAGCCCACUACUUCAACACGAAGGGCGUGUUCACCGCCGACUUCCCCGACAAGCCCCCGACCCCGUUCAACUACACCGGCGCCCCGCUCACGGCCAACCUCAAGACCUCGCAGGGCACCCGGGUCAGCAAGAUCGCCUUCAACUCCACCGUCGAGCUCGUCAUCCAGGACACCAACCUCCUGACCGUCGAGUCCCACCCCUUCCACCUCCACGGCUACAACUUCUUCGUGGUCGGGACCGGCGUCGGGAACUUCGACCCGACCAAGGACCCCGCCAACUACAACCUGGUCGACCCGAUGGAGCGGAACACGGUGGGCGUCCCGACCGGCGGCUGGACCGCCAUCCGCUUCCAAGCAAACAACCCAGGGGUCUGGUUCAUGCACUGUCAUCUGGAGCUCCACACCGGAUGGGGACUGAAGACUGCGUUCUUAGUGGAGGACGGGCCAGGACCCGAUCAGACCGUUCUGCCGCCACCCGCCGAUCUCCCGCCAUGCUAAAAAGCAAAGAAAGAAACCUCUUUUUUUUACUGUUCUUUUUUUUUUCCAUUCAUUCUGAAUCGUGGUUCUCGUGCUUUCGUUUUCGUUACUUCCCUGCCAAGAAGCUGCGGGAAUUGUUUAUUCGUUCUGAGGAAGAAAUGGUGGCAGACCAGAACUUGUAAAACCGAAAUUGUUUGAUAUCGAAAUUGAAUAAAAAGCUCCCCCAGCAAUUGUUUAAUAUUUUUA